AAUGUCUAUCAUGCCUCACAGGAAUUUAUGCCUCAAUACAUGUACAGUGACUACCUACCUACAUGUUCAUGAUGGAGAAUAGAAUAAAGUCAGGACUCAUGCUGCUUUUCAAAAGAAUAUUUAAAGAGGCUGUUCCUCCAGGUUCAAACUCUCAUCCCCAACAUCACAAUUGCAACAUCUCACCACUAAAAAAGAAUAAUACAGUUAUACGAACACAAAAUGUCGGUGCCAGCUUCGAACCAGUACUGCGUGAAGGAGGUGUUACUUAACCGGUUAGAAGAUCCACACCUAACGGAUAUUGCCUCUUGGAUCUCAAGCAACACCGGAUUCAACCCUCAUGAUCAGAUCCGCAGAUCAUUGCUUCCCGGCUCUAUGCCGUAUACACCGUUUAUUCCGGGCCAAACGACGGAAUUUGAUAUCGAGAGUGUUAAGCAAGUGAUAAUGAAGGAAAAGGAGGAUAGGAGAGUCCACCUCCUGGUAGUGACUGAGCGGGAUAACUCUAAUGUAUACGGCUUCGCCUGGCUAAGCAUAUGGAAUAAUCGCCUACUCGGCGAACCUGCUAAUGAGGAGUUCAUGGACCCAAGCCGAGACCAUAACGACUACAUAAACACGAUUCUCCGCCACGAGACCCCGUACGCAACCCAUCGUCGCCAGGGGUAUUAUAUCGAGACGGCGAAAGCGUUAAGGAACAGGCGGUUCGGCCAAUACCCAGGCAACGUCAUCCAGCUGCGGGACGUAAUCCUAUCAGCAAAGCAGCCAAACGCGGACGUCCUAAGGCUCCUAAUUAAGAGCUCUAUCGAGGUAGCUCAUACCCUAAGGGCGCCCCUAAUCACGACACUGCCUAGGCUAUACCUAGAAAUCAACCACGAGCUAGACAAACAAGGGGUUCGCGUGGUUGACACGGAGAAAUAUCCGUUCUUGUCUCUUACCAGUCAUGGGAUGAGGCUGGCGGAGACGCGCUUCCCUCACGAGGACUUGAAGGAGCUGGCGAUGUUCCUUAGACAGGUCCCCGUCGAUGUCAUGCUGAGGGUCUACGACAAGGGAGCUUCGCCGGAGGCGAAGGUUCAGUUGGCUCAGUUGGGCCUUUGAAUACCUCCACUACUCAGCACCUACCUAUACUAUAAAAACACUGGGUAGAAUUGAAGCGAUCUCGGGAGGCAGACUUGAUUUCGUUGAUUAUCAUCAGCGGAUUUUGUACUAUAUAUGAAGCACCUCAGUUAUGGAACUAAGGGUCGAAUGGGACCUUCAACAUUGAAUAGGUAUAUUAUAGGUGCGGCGUUGUUAGAUACCUACUGUCAUCUUAAUUACAGGCACUUGGUAAUAAC